UUUUAUCUUUUGCAAAUUAACUGUUUCCCCAAUGCAGCACUUAUUCUUGCCUCAGCCGCGCAGCAUACUAUUCGGAUAAAAAAGGAGAGCGGAGCAUUCGAUCAGACUCGAUACCUUCGACUUACUGGUGAACAUAAAUGUAUGAUUGCGCGAAACUACUUGGACGAGCUGGCCGGAGACUAUGCUGAAACCAACCGCAUUUGUGAAUCUCUUAUUGGCAACUACAGAAUAACAAAGGAAGAUUUAGAUCUCAGCAUGAAGUCCUUGAAGAAGCAGAGGAAUAGGCUCCAGCGACGAGUGGUUCCAUUAAUUCAGGAUCGGGAAAAGACGAUGGAAGCGCACCAUGCCUUCAUGCAUUUUCACAGCAUUGUUCUGAAAGACAUGGAGCUUGGAGCAGAAUGUAAUCGAGUGCCUGCCACUGAACAAAGUAAUACAAACCAUGUUCCGACGGCUGCUGAACUGAUUAACUGUUACACCGAGGGCGAGAAAUCAACAUGGCCGGAAAAACUUGCGAACAAAAAGCCACGGAAAUCAAAGAGUGGCUACGAACGACAUCGAAGACUAUGGGGCAAUACGGAACGGGGGCUAUGACUUGAUGGUCACAAGCCAACCCCCCCAAACGUUUUGACUGAAAGCAAGUCAACCAUUGGCUUUCUGUACAGCACUGCCUCACGUUCAGACCACCUUGAAAAUCCACGGUUGUCACAACUCCCCGUGGAUGGAGACAAAAUCAACGCACAAAAAAGUUUUUGUGAACAAGAGCAAAUCUGUGCUCAACAGAUAUGCACUGUUGCCUUUUUGGUUUCCGAGCGUUUUCUAUCCACUUGCUCUCACUAGUGAUCAGUGAGAGCCGACGUGCGUGUGGCAAAGACGCAUUUUGGCAUGUACACGCCCAUCUGAAUUCAAACCACAGACUCUACGCUGUGAACACAAACCAGACACAUGGUUUGCAGAAGUAAUUUAUCGGUUCUGCAA